UCAUAAACAAUUCCCCCGUCUCUCUGCCUCUACAAAUCAGUUUAUCAAACACUUUUCUCUCUCUAAAACCCCAGUAUUUACAGAAAUGGAGCAAAAUCAACCAGCUAUUACAAAAAAGGUGUGGAACGUAGCGCGUACGAUGUUGUACAUGUUGAAGAAAGGCAUAUCCAAAGGUAAAUUAAUGGCUGAACUGAGCAUGAUGUUCAAACGUUGGAAGAUUGCAGGGAAAGCCAUUCAAAAUCUCAUGUUCCACCAUAGCCACCACUGGUCCGCCUCCUCCUCCUCCACCGACACCGCCGCCGCCGCUGGAAAUCUGUCAUUUCCAUACCCAACAAAUGAAUACGAAUUUAGCUGCAGUAACAGCCCGGCUUAUCCUAAUUUUCAUCUCCCCUUCCACCUCAAUAACAAACGUAAGCACAACAACCACUGUGCUCCGUUCUCGCCUUCGCCGGCGGCGACGGAGGAGGAUUAG